AAUAUCAUUAGGGAGCGAUAUGGAGAAAGAAUGAUGGGCACCGUUUCAAAGGCCUGCAGCCUGCCUGAGACAAACAGUUGAGGAGGGACGCACGUGUGUGAUGUCAGGAUACCCGUGUGGCCACCACGUCGUCACUUUGGACUGCAGGGACAUGUGUUUAGAGGAGGAAGGAGCACCUGUGACUGGCUCUGCUGUGUCAGUUAGACCAUGGCUACAUGGAAGAGGCUUGUGCUGGUUGUGAAUAUAUGAACUGCCAAAAGACAAGAAAUGGCUUCCACACGGUUAUUUAUUGGAGGACUGAGUGAUAAAGUUGACAGACAGGAGCUUGGAGAGAAGGUGGCACGUUAUGCACCUGUCGCCAGCAUUGAUUUCAAGGAGAAGACUGAUCCGGAAGGAAAAGUGCUACUCAGAUUUGCAUAUGUAAAUGUAGAUGCAGCACCAUCCCAGGUGGAACAGUGUAUUCAGCAGUUAAAUGGUGCAUCAUGGAAGGGCUCUCACCUGAGGGUGGAGCGAGCAAAGGAGAGUUUUCUGGAUCGCUUGAACCGGGAACGAGCUGCCAAGAAGCAAGAAGAGAACACUUACUUUGGAAGGUCAGACUGUUUGGCCAUAAAAAGUCAAGAAGCAAAUGUAAUAAAUACAGAAGGUAGUCUUGUGCAAUCCAAAGGACAGAGAGUUUCCAGAGAAGAAACUGUUGUAAAAACUGACACUAAACAUUCAAAGAAAAGGAAAGAAUGUAAUACCAGUGACGAAAACUUGUUAUCUCCAAAAAAGAAAAUUUUACAAACUAGAGGAGAAAUUUUACAGACAGAAUCUCAUUUGCUCUCUGCAAAGAAAGAAAAGAAAAAAAAGAAAAAUGAGAUUGAAGAGGGAAUUUUGUCUAGCUUUAAACAGUUUAGUUCAGUGUGGGCUGAUUCUGAUAAUGAAAAUGAAGUUGCUCAAGAUGAAUCCUGUGGAAGGGUUAAAGGUGGCAAGUCUGCUAAGCCUGGCUGUGGAUCACACAGAGGAACCAAAGCAUCACAGGAUGCAGCUUCCCCCAGAGUUGACCAGGAUGAAGACACUGAUGUCACUGUUGAGGAAGACUCUAACAGCAUUGGCAGCUGCACUGAUGUGAGGGAGGAGCAGCAGACACAGCUGGAUAUUUUGGAAAGCCUUGAUGACCCUCACAGUGGAGGAAAAAGUGCAGCUGAUGACAAAGACCAGGUCAUGGGGGAAGAACACACCCUGUCUGAGCACCAGCCAAACAAAGACAAAGUUGCAGCAGACAAGCCAGCUAUAAAUGAGACCAUGCCAUCAGAAACUGAAGUCAAUAGCAAAUAUGUGAAAGUGUCCAAAGACCUAAGUUUUGGCCAGAACAUGUCAGGCUUCAGCUUGCUGGCUCAGUUUUCCAAGAUUAAUAAAGAAGCAGUUACUACAGAAGCUGAGAAGGAAGCAGUGGUAGCACCACCUGUAAGUGUCCCAAGGCCGCUUGUUACUGUUCACCAAAAAGUGAAAAAAAGGCCUUUCUUCAUACAUGAUGAUGACCGUGAGAUUGAAGCUGCUAUAAGAUGGAUGACUCAGCCAAUAACAAAGGAAGUCAUCAAGGAAUUUGAAGAAGUGCUGCCUGACCUUCGGCAGGUUAUCAGGACACGAUCUUUCCGUGCCAAGAAGGAGGAGGCAGAUCCCAGAAUGCAGAGGAGAGGUCGUGGACGAGGGAGGGGCAGGGGGCAGGGGAGAGGGCAGGGCAGAGGAAGGGCAGCAGGGGAUGAAGUGGGAAAUCCCUACCGAGACCACAGGUGGAGGGAAAGAGAUGUUAAAAAGUGAUAUUUGCUACAUAAUAAGUUAUUUGUCUUUGGAAGCUGCAAUUUUUAUUUUUUUAUUUUUAAAUUUUUUUUUAGAGCAACCAUUAUUAAUCAGUAUGGUAUAGACUCUGCUGCAGUUGUUUGGAAAAGAAUAGCUGUGUUUACUAUAUCAUUACUAACAUGAUGUUGAUGUGAAAAGUGCAGUGUAAGGAAUUAAGAAAUGCCAGUGACAAGUUGAGAUAUAGAGAUGUUAAUAUUUCACUGGAUUUGACAGCCAUCUCUGCUGAUAACCAAAAUCAUCUUAUAAUGCAAAUAAGUAUCAAUGUAAGUGAAUGAGGCUUCAGGCUUUAAUAAAAAGUAAGCUUG